CAGUCAUGUGAUGAUUUAUCAACUCAUAUUUUCAAAUCAAGCCAUUCAUUUUUCUGGAGGCAGUUUUAUUUCAGGAGGGAUCUGAAGAUUGACAUUUUAGGGAAAGAACUGGAACUUUUGUUGGGAAUGUUGUGGAUUCUGAAGUCUUUCCCAGCACUGCUGUUCCUGGUGUACUCGCACGCAGCAGAGGACGAUGAUAUUCGAGCAGGCUGCAGCACUGCUGUGAAUGACCUGGUCUACAUCAUGGAUGGCUCCUGGAGUGUGGGAAGUGAUGACUUUGAGACAGCCAAGCUCUGGCUGGUCAAUGUCACCAGUGGCUUCGACGUGAGUUCACACUACUCGCAGGUGGGUGUAGUACAAUACAGCGACACUCCCAGGUUGGAGAUCCCUCUCGGUCUCCACAAGACCACUCGAGAUCUCAUUAAAGCCAUUGAGGACAUCAGCUAUUUAGGUGGCAACACGCAGACGGGCCGUGCCAUAAAGUUUGCUGUGGACAACGUCUUUGCAUCUUCGCAACGAAGUGAUGUGAAGAACCGCAUUGCUGUAGUGGUGACUGAUGGAAAGUCACAGGACGAUGUUAUGGAUGCUAGCGUUGAUGCGCGAGCACAAGGGAUUAAAGUGUUUGCGGUGGGCGUUGGGACGGAGAUCACCACAUCAGAGCUAGUGACCAUCGCCAACAAGCCAGAGGGUGAAUACGUGCUGUAUGCGGAGGACUACACCAAUAUCGACCGUAUCCGUGAUGCUAUGGAACAGAAGCUGUGUGAGGAAUCUGUAUGCCCCACUCGUAUUCCUGUGGCUUCUCGUGAUGAGAAAGGCUUUGAGCUGAUAUUGGGCAUGAAGAUCCAUCAGAAAGCCAAGAAGAUACAGGGCUCAUUAGUGUCGGAGGGAGCGUAUCUGCUAGACAAGAGCACAGACAUCACUGAAAACACAAGGGAGAUUUUUCCCGAAGGUCUUCCUCCCUCCUAUGUGUUUGUGUCCACUCUGAGGCUGAAAGGGUCUUCAGGUCAGGAAAAGCUGGACCUGUGGAGGGUCCUGUCUAAAGACGGACAGAUUCAGGCGGCUGUCACACUCAAUGGACUGGACAAAUCUGUCAUCUUCACUACCACAAACACGGUUAAUGAGGAACAGAUAGUUACUUUUGAUGCACAAGGCACUGAGGCUCUUUAUGAUGGAGGCUGGCACCAGCUGAAGGUUCUGGUUGGACCCAGACGUGUCUCCUGUUUUCUGGAUGACCAGCAGAUCCAGGAUGAGGCUCUGGAUGCUGUGUUGCCCAUCUUCAUCAACGGGAAGACUCAGAUCUCCAAACGCUCUGGCUCCGACACUACACUUCCUACAGAAAUCCAGAAACUGAGGCUUUACUGUGACCCAGAGCAAAGUGAGCGAGAGACAGCAUGUGAGAUCUACUCUGUGGAUGAUGAGCGGUGUCCCCUGGAUCGUGAGCCCACCAUCGACACUGAAGAGUCCUGCGACUGCAGCAAAGGCCAGCCAGGUCCUCCAGGACUUCCAGGACCCAGGGGUUUUCGUGGAGAGAAGGGAAGGGAAGGACCUCCAGGCCCAGAUGGUAAGCCUGGACCCCCAGGUUUAAGAGGAGAGCCAGGAGAUCCAGGUUUAUCUGGAGAAAAGGGCGAUGUGGGUCCACUGGGGCUGAGAGGCGAUCCAGGACCUCAGGGUUUAAAAGGUGAACAAGGAGAACAAGGGCUGCCAGGGAGACCGGGGCCGCCAGGACCCAAGGGAGCAUCAAAACAAAAUGCUGGCCCAGUUGGAUUGCCAGGAAAAAAGGGUGAGCAGGGGGGGGAAGGAGAACGAGGACCUCCUGGAGAGCCUGGUCCAAUGGGGAGACCAGGACUCGCUGGAGAGGAUGGAGCGGCCGGCCCUGCUGGAGCAAAGGGAGAGAAAGGAGACACCGGGCUGCCAGGAGCAGAUGGACUGCAGGGAGUUACAGGAAUCAGAGGACUUCCUGGAGAGGAAGGAGCGAGCGGACCGCAGGGUGCGAGAGGAGCUCCGGGACAGAAAGGAUCAGCCGGGUUUAGAGGAGCUCCGGGCGCACCGGGGCCUUCGGGACCCUCCGGAGCAGACGGACUCCACGGCCCCAAGGGUAACGCAGGAGAAAAGGGAGAUGCAGGAACUCCUGGAGCCGCAGGUCAAAAGGGUGAGCGGGGCGAGCUGGGAUCUCCAGGGCUUCAGGGAGCCAUGGGCCCUCCUGGAUUAAAAGGACACAAGGGAGCGAGAGGAGAAAUGGGACCCGGAGGCAUUCAGGGUGAAAAAGGCAGCAAAGGCUUCGCUGGAUUGCCUGGCUGUCCAGGUGCAGUGGGUCCCAGAGGCAGCAAAGGAGAGAAAGGUACUCCGGGUGAGAGUGGGGUCAAAGGUCCUGAAGGAAAGAAGGGAGACAUGGGACACAUGGGUGUAGUCGGAUCACGUGGAGUCCCCGGUCAGGACGGUUUUCCAGGGCUUCCCGGCGCUCCGGGCUUUCCAGGGAAGCCUGGUAAGCCUCCCUCUGAGGAGUACUUAAUAAAACUCUGUGGGGACAUUUUGAGAAAUCAGCUGCCACAGCUACUGCAGACGAUGAGCCCUCAGCGCUGUGAGCCCUGUGAGGCUGUUAAAGGACCCCCGGGACCCCCGGGACCCCCUGGAGCUCCAGGGCCUAAAGGGUCCAGCGGGCCCCAGGGAUAUCCUGGCAGACAUGGCGCUCAGGGAUACUCGGGGCCUCCGGGCAUCCAAGGACCUCCAGGAGUCAAAGGGGACACAGGCCCUCGGGGAUUUAAGGGCAGUAAAGGAGAGAGCAGACAAGGAUACCCAGGGCCUCCUGGAGACACAGGGAUCCAGGGUCCUCGCGGCAGUGAUGGCAUUGGUAUUCCGGGUCCUCCGGGAAUCCCGGGUAAAUCCGGGGCUCCGGGCAUCCCGGGGAAGCAAGGUCCUUCAGGGCCAGCCGGAGUGUGCGACAUGUCCAUCUGCUACCAAUCCUAUGACCUCAGGGAGGAGCGCUACAGCAAAGGGCCCGAUUUCUAAUGUGAAAUAACAGCUCAGCUCCCGGACUGCCAGAAGUGCCGCAGCAAAUCCAGAGGAAUUUACUCACAAGGCUUUGGAGGUUUUCUGUGCAUUGCUAUGGUGCAAUGAAACAUCAGGGGCCUGAAUGAUGUGAAACUUAAAGAUGUGAAACCUGCCUUCUGAGGCACGAAGAGUUGAUGCGUAACACCAUUAAUGCAAGGGUGCAUGCAUACGGUCAUUUGCAAAAUAAUACUACAAGUAUAUUAAUGUGGAUAGAUGUUAAUAAUCAUAAUCAUUAAUAUAUAUCACUGUUACUUAUGAAUAUAAAUGAUUAAUUAACUAUUUUGCUGUCAAACAAGGAACCUGAUAUGAGAUGCCAUGAUAUAAGUUUGUAUGUGGUUUGGUAGUAAUCAAGAUUAAGAAUAAAUGGCUUUAUUACUUCAGGGACAGACAUAAAAGGGAAAAGCUUAAUGUUUCUGUUUGUUUUGGCUAAAAAGACGAGUUUAGUUUUGAUUUCCCCAGUACUUGGCUGAGAAUCUUGGCUUGGACAGCUUUCUAAGGCACAACAGCCAUCAUUUUUUCAUAUUCAGUAGUAUUACUAACUGUGCUUUAAAUUGCUGGCUGGGCUGAUUUAAUAAAUAGCUAUUGUUUUUGCAUUAUUUACAUAUUUGUGUACUUUUAUUUUUUUGCACUGCCUUAAGGGAAGGU